GAGGAACUACCAGCUCCUCCGAUGCUCAUUGGCCACACAGCAAUCAUGUGACACACUUACGUGUAUUCACAGACACAUCUACGUUGUGUUUGACACAUAUUCUUAUUCCAUGAAAUUACUUUACGUACCGGCGCCAAGCUACGCUCAAAUAUCGACGCAGCAGCCUAAACGAAGCACAGGAACUAAGUCAAGCGCAGACACUGGCCCUGCAGAGCAAAUCAAGAUGGUUUUUGAAACUAUCUCAAGGAUAAUAAAAGUCCAGCUUCCAGCUUACCUUAAGAGGCUUCCGCUUCCGGAGACAAUCGGCGGAUUCACGAGGUUAACAGUGUCCGAGUGGCUCCGCUUACUGCCUCUUUUGGGCAUCUUGGCUUUGCUUGGCUAUCUCACUAUCCGUCCAUUUCUGCCAAAGAAGAAGAAACAAAAAGACUGCCUGAUCAACCUAAAGAUCCAAAAGGAGAACCCGAAAGUGGUAAAUGAGAUAGACAUCGAGGACCUGAACUGCACAAACGUGUGUUACUGUCGCUGCUGGCGCUCAAAAACUUUUCCUGUUUGUGACAAGUCACACUUAAAGCACAAUGAACUAACUGGAGACAACGUGGGACCGCUCAUACUCAAAAAGAAGAUAGUAUAAAUGACCAUCGAUGGGAGUGAACCUCUGACUUGUCUGUACAUUUUCUUGUCUCUUUCUCAUCUUGGAUACUUUUUUAUUUCCUUUUUCAUUAAAACAUAACACAGUCAAUAGCCUCAAAGUCUAAAAACUGGUUCAUUUCUGGUGUCAUUUGUGACAUUUCGCUAUUGAUAAUGUUCUACUCGUGUUAUAUUUUUUUUCUUUUUCAUGGUCCAUUGUCCUUCACUUAUUCUGUUCACAAAGAAGCCUUUUUUAUAAGACUAUAAAUCCAUUUUUUGUCCAUGUGUCAGUCUUUUUGGAAUCUAUCACGAACUGCUGGGACCAUUUUGAGGGGCUCGCUUAAAGGUAAUAGCAGCAACUCUUUGAGUACCAAUAAUCUGAGCUCAUUUCGGGAGACGUCAUCUUUCCUGUUCAAUCAUGUAUUGGUUGAAUGAUCCUAUUGGCUAAUUAAAUUCAUUGUUGUAUAUAUCUUCAUUACGUACAAGUCUUUAUGAAAUAGACAGCUUAUUCUUUUAUCUUUUGGACUGUCUGUGUGCCAAAUGUUAACAUACCCGCUCUUUAAGGAUGUAAGAUAUUCUCUUAUAAGUUAUUGUUUGUAUGGGAACCAACUUAUUCUACAGCUUUUUUUCUGUUGUGUUCAGCUCAGCUGCCUUAAUGCAUUUCAAACCACUGCAUCAUCAUUUUUAUAUGCAGUUUUAACUUCAACAUACUGAAGCCUGGGAACCUUUACUGCAUAAGAAAUUGUGUCAUACAGCACUUUUUUUCGCCAAGCUUCUGUAUUUUCAAAGUUACUGUAUCCAGUUGCCUUCUUGUUAGAUAAUCCCCCUUGUGGCUAAUCAGCAAGAAUGUAAUUAAUACAAUUUGUUUUAUCAGAUCUGUAUUUUCAUGUGUCUAAAAAAAACAGUUUAUGUAACUUUGUUAGCCUAUGACUUGAAUCUUUUCAUUAAAUAUAAAGAAAAAAGAUCUGCUU